GGACUUUAGUGUCAAGAUGGUUACGAAAGCCUUAACAUUGGUGGUUCUCGCUCUCGUGUUGACUCUUGUAACAGCGCCAGACACCGAGGACGGGAAGGACACGCCGCUGAGGACACAACGCACAGAGCAGAAUUCGUUGCCGCCGGGAUAUGACGGCCCAGAGAUCGUCAUACGCCCCGUGACCCAAGACAAGCCUGAGGGCGUGUCGGGAGGAUCAGGAAGGUCCUCCCUCGAACAGGACACCCUCAGGACGCCUUCCUGCUGGCACCGAGCGACCAGCUCCCUCGGAGUGUGUCGCCUCCACCGGGAAUGUUAUCCCCUCCUGCGCCUCCCUAACUUCGCCCCCAAAGAGGGAUGGGUCUUCGGCCUCUACGACAGCUGUCCACUAUAUCACGACAGUGCCCUGGUAUUCGGGGUGUGUUGUGCGAAGGACGAGGCGGCCGAGCAUGCAGCCCCCCAGCACACAAACGAGGUAGGAACGGCUGUGGGCGUGGAGAAGGUUGACACGUACAUGUUCGUGGAUGGUGAAGACAGAGCAGUAAAGGAGAAGGAAGGUCCUGCACUGAUGGACAGAAGCCACGUCCAAUUCGUCCCGCCCCGUAGCUUGUCCCUGUCGCGGACACCUACCUGGCCCUACCCUGAGAUCAUCACACAUCAUCCCUCACACACCGACCAACCCUGGUGGACGACGCCAGGCCCCUCCACCCCUUCCACCACCACGAAACCUUGGUGGGCCACUCCACCAACCCAGCCUCCUGCCACAACCACCACAAAGCCUUGGUGGGCAACUACAUCCACCCGGCCAACACCACCUACGAGUGGCACAACCGGCUGGUGGGAUGCCACUAAGCCAGCCACCGUUUGGACUCCACCAACAACAACUCCACGUCCUACCACAACCACCAGCAAACAAUGGUGGACGCCAUCAAAGCCAUGGUGGGAAACUCAAGCCACCCAGACAACGACCCAGCCAAGUAUCACCACAGCCUGGUGGGAUAAACCUCACCAUCAUCCCGUGCCCGUGACGCCUUCACCAAAAGAACCCACCACCACCACGCCUCCGCCUCGCCAAGUUAGUGAACAAAACCCAUGCACCCCCGGCACCUUCUACAACGCUGGGCCGGACGAGGGCUUCCGGAUCAGUGGUGGAGUGCCCGCCGCAGCUCACUCCCACCCGUGGAUCGCCGCUCUCUACAAUGGGCACAAACAGUUCUGCGGAGGUUCUCUCAUUGACAAGACCCACAUCCUGACCGCCGCCCACUGUGUUGCUCACAUGAGUCAGCUAGACAUCCAGAACCUGCGGGUGCGGCUGGGGGCCCACAACCUGCUGGCGGUGGAGAGGUCCGUGCAGGAGAUGAAGGUGUCCCGCGUGGUCAGACACAAGGACUACGACUCUCGAAGACUGUACAAUGACGUGGCGAUGCUGACACUGAGCACACCCGUGGAAUAUACCAACGAGAUCCGACCAGUCUGCCUAGACAACACAGGGAAGACCUACGACGGGGAGGACGUGACAGUGGCAGGCUGGGGCAGCAUGCACGAAGGCGGCCCCCAGCCCAGCACCCUCCACAAGGCAACGCUGCGGGUGGUGAGCCUUAGCGACUGUAAGAAGAAGUACGGUCCCGCUGCUCCUGGAGGAAUCGUUCCUACCUAUCUCUGCGCCGGUACUGACGGGAAGGACUCUUGUCAGGGUGACAGUGGAGGGCCGCUGGUGAAGUUCGUGCAGGGCGUGUGGCGGCAGGUGGGGCUGGUGUCGUGGGGCAUCGGGUGCGGCAAGGGACACUACCCUGGCGUCUACUCCAGAGUGUCCUCCUUCCUGCCCUGGAUACAGAGAGUCAAGGCGGCUUACUGAGGCAGCCCCGACACUCUUCUAUUUUCCCCGCACUCCUUUCUACUUUUCUAUUUUCUAACUAUGGUUCAUAUGAUGUUUAGUAGUUUUUAUUUCUUCUUUCUUUUUCCAUUAUCUCCUCUUGCUUAUUUCUUUAGUUUCGUACCUCUUCUGUUCUAUCGGUGCUUCUUGUCUCACUCUGUCCCUGUCUGUUUAUCUCAGGAUGCUCAAUAAUCAAGAGGUACAUGUUCCAUAAGGAUACGGCUUGAAAUGAUCGGUUGAGGGGACACGAGUCUCCUUUUCUAUCUUUGCCAACAAGUGGCAAAACGCAUUAUAAUAUUUCUGGGAGAAUACAAUGAUUAUUCUUCUGUGACGGGCAUGAUUUUUUGUUAUACUGGUUUACGCCUACGAAAGUUCUGAUUCUCAUUCAUUGUAAAACAUAAAUAGGUAAAUUAAAAUAACACUGUUGUAAGUAACGGCAUUACUGAGUGUCGUGUGUCCCACCAGGAAGAGCAGGAGGUGCCUCGCUAGCAAGCAAAGCAAGGUAACGCUCUCCCUUCUUGAUUGCAAUUACAAAAAUGGAGGGAUAGUAUGUAUGUUGUCUGCUGAACAAUAAUUACUGUUCCUUUCUCUUACACAGGAGCAAUAUUCCCAUGCCAUAACGUAUUGUGAAUCAUCAGAUGCUUAUCUUAGAACACCCAACAAUAUAUAGUGGGUUGAUAAUGGACACUUUUUAGUCACUUUCACGAUAGAUCACACAAAACUUAUCGGCACCUCCAACGAGCAUUAAUUCACAAAAAAAAAAAAAAUCAAUAUGAUAGAAUAAAAUCCUGCUAUUAUCUAAAGUAGAAAGUAAUAAAAGAUAAGAGUAA